AUGAAUACAACCAAAACAUUAACUUUUAUUUUUGGUUUAAAUAUUCAAAAUCAUGCAGCUGAUGAAAUUUUUGUUUAUAAUUCUGAUAGACUUAUUAAAAUGUAUGAAAAAAUUGGACAACCAAAUAAAAAGACUAUGUAAGUCAAUGUAUUCAUUUGAUCAAAAACGAAUCACGAUGAAUCUAAAUAACUCAAUUAGUUAGAUCUCUGGAAAGCAUGUCAUUGUAGUAUAUAGAUAAACUACAUGGUUCUUCUUCAAAUAUAAUUAUGUGCUCAUUGAAUCAGUUUACAAAAACUAGUUUUAGUUCUCAUGAA